AUAAGGAAGGAAUCUGAGUUGUUUUAGUGAGGAACAAACGGAUCCUUCUCAUAACACCAAAUCCAAAUCCAUACUCAUCAUUAUAAAUAAAAUCAUUUUUUUUAAUUAUUUUACCAUAUAACUAUAAACGCGCUUUUCAAGUCUGAAUUUGCUAUAAAACCACCACCAACCAGGUUAUUUGAGGUCUCAUCACACACACACAAAAUUACAAAACUUAGAAGAAAUAAAAUGGUUGGUUGGGCUAUUGCUGUGCAUGGCGGCGCUGGUGUGGAUCCUAAUCUCCCACCACAGCGUCAAGAACAAGCCAAACAACUCCUUACUCAUUGUCUCAAUAUUGGCAUCACUGCUCUUCGUUCCAAUGUUUCUGCCGUUGAUGUCGUUGAACUUGUCGUGAGAGAACUAGAAACAAAUCCCCUGUUCAACUCUGGUCGUGGAUCUGCCUUAACAGCAAAAGGAACGGUUGAGAUGGAGGCUAGUAUAAUGGAUGGUACUAAGAGAAGAUGUGGCGCCGUAUCUGGUCUUACCACCGUGAAGAAUCCUGUCUCACUUGCUCGCCUUGUCAUGGACAAGUCUCCUCAUUCCUACCUUGCAUUCUCUGGUGCAGAAGAAUUUGCUAGACAACAGGGUGUAGAGGUUGAAGAGAACGAAUACUUCAUCACUCCGGAUAAUGUUGGUAUGCUGAAACUAGCAAAAGAAGCAAAUACGAUUUUGUUUGAUUAUCGAAUUCCAACAACAGGAUACGAAAAGUGUGCAGGAGCUGAGAGUCCAUUGCAAAUGAAUGGUCUACCAAUUAGCGUUUAUGCUCCAGAGACCGUUGGAUGUGCUGUGGUGGACAGUGAGGGAAGGUGUGCUGCUGCCACGUCAACAGGGGGACUCAUGAACAAAAUGAGUGGUCGAAUUGGUGACUCACCACUCAUUGGAGCUGGAACAUAUGCGUGUGAAGUGUGUGGAGUCUCUUGCACUGGUGAAGGAGAAGCUAUCAUACGCGCCACUCUAGCGCGUGAGGUGGCAGCAGUUAUGGAGUACAAAGGUUUGGGGCUUCAAGAUGCCGUGGACUAUGUAAUCAAACAUCGUCUUGAUGAAGGGCAAGCUGGUCUUAUUGCUGUUUCUAACAAGGGUGAAGUGGCUUAUGGGUUUAAUUGUAAUGGAAUGUUUAGGGGUUGUGCUACUCAGGAUGGAUUUAUGGAAGUGGGAAUUUGGGAAUAAUAAUAAAUAUAAUACUAGUAGUGCUUUUCUUGGUCCUUUUUUUAGUGGGAUUUCUAGCUUUGGAUUAAUUAGUCGUUGUAAUUUUUGUUACAGUCCUAGUAAUUAAUCGUUUUGUUAUUAUUUUAUAUUA